AUGCCUCCAGGGGUCCGCAACGGAAAUCACAAUGGCCAGGGCAAGGCAUUUUUUACCAUGGGAAUGUCUGUAAUGUACACCUGCGAUCCCGGCUACUACCUGGUGGGAAAUCCCGUUGUGUUUUGCAGAGUGUCUGGGAACUGGAGCCAGCCGGGCCCUCGCUGUGAAGAUAUAGAGAAUGGAAGGCAGGUUGAUGGUCAAGGACUGAUCUCUGCACCUGGGCAAACGGUGACAUUUCAGUGUCGCGACGGUUACAGCCUGCACGGCAGUGCUAAAAUCUUCUGCCGGGAGGAUGGCAGCUGGCACCCUCCUGCUCCCGUCUGCAAUAGACUGUACCAUUACCAGGAGUUCUCAAACAGGCCUGAUCUUUCAGGUAUCCCUUGUGAGCCGCCUCCGGACAUUCCCAAUGGGAAGCACACUGGCAGGCUGCUGGAUGAAUUCUACUUUGGCACAUCUGUGACAUACACCUGCAACCCCGGGUACCCGCUCCACGGAGAGCCCUCCAUCUACUGCACCACCUGGGAUGGGCAAAACGGCGCGUGGAGCGGGCCCCCCCCACAGUGCGGAGAGGCGAGAUGUCCUGUCCCGCGGGUCCAGAAUGGGAGAAUAGUGUCUCCUAAGACUGCCUACACACACAAGGACACCAUUGCCUUUGAGUGUGAGCCAGGCUAUGUUCUACGUGGCCACAGAGUGGUACGAUGCCAACUAAAUAACACCUGGGAGCCACCCGUGCCAGUCUGCGAGCAGGCUGGCUGCAAUGCGCCUACCAGACUGGCGUUUGCUGAGCUGAAGGAGCCGUACAGCAACCAGACCGUCUUUCCCGUGGGGGGGACGGUGGAAUACGUCUGCCGGCCCGGGUACACCCAGCAACUGGGGAUGCCACCGGCCAUCACUUGCCUCAGGAAUCAGAUGUGGUCUGCGGCACUGGAGUUCUGUAAAAGGAAACAAUGUGCUAAGCCAGGGGAUCUGGAAAAUGGCAGAACUGUUGUCCUGACGGACCUCCUCUUCGGGUCCAAAGUGAAUUACACUUGUGACAAAGGGUACAAGUUGGUUGGAGGCUCUCAGAGAACAUGCGAGGUCUCUGGAACACACGUCUCGUGGAGUGGAGAUGCUCCUGUCUGCCAGCGUAUCACCUGCGAUCCGCCUCCGGACAUCCCCCACGGGAGACACAGCGGGCACUUUGUGGACACCUUCUCCUACGCGGACGUGGUCACCUACACCUGCGACCCCGGCCACCCGCUGGCCGGAGAGCCCUCCAUCUUCUGCACCUCGGUGGACGGGGAGCACGGCGUGUGGAGCGAGCCGCUGCCGCGGUGCGGAGAGGUGAAGUGUCCUUCCCCUCCAAGCAUCCCCAACGGGAUGCACAGCAGCCAGCCCUCGGACACCCACCUUCCAGGCUCGGCUGUGCAGUACACCUGCAGGGAUGGCUACUCCCUCAUCGGGAACGCCUCCAUUAGAUCAACCGGCUGCAAAAGACCAGAGAUUGAGAAUGGAAGAACAACCGGGCUGGAGACCAUGUACAGACUCGCAGACACCAUUGUCUUCGAAUGCAAUUUUGGUUACGCCUUGAAGGGCUCUCAAGAGUCUCGGUGCCAGUUUGGGGGCACGUGGGACCCUCCUGUCCCUAUCUGCGAAAAGAUGCAACAGUGUCCUUCCCCUCCAAGUAUCAAAAAUGGCCAGCAUGAGAGGAAGGAUGUAAAAGUGUUCAUCCCUGGAAUAUCAGUGAAGUACUACUGUGACCCGGG